AUGGCGUCUGCCGACAACAAGGUCUACUAUGAUGAGAAGACGGGCUCUUCGGGUGUCGAGCCUGUUGGUGUCGGCAAGGUCUCUACCUUCAAGCGACGCUUGCCCCACUUCAGCCUUGAGGUUCGUCAGGAGGAGAGCAGUUUCGCCAAAACAAAGAAUGCCUCCAAUGCCGACUUCGAUCCUAUUCCUCCGUCAAAGCGUACAUGGAACUGGGCCGCUUAUGUCGCAUACUGGAUGGCCGAUGCAUGGGCUGUUUCUAAUUGGGAAGUUGCGUCUUCCAUCAUCGCCGUGGGUCUCAGUUGGAGACUGGCUAUCGGUGCCUGUGUUCUUGGUAAUGCGAUAAUGGGUCUCGUCAUUACCAUCAAUGGUAGAAUGGGUGCCACUCUUCACACUCCAUUCCCAGUUCUCGCACGCAUGCCCUUUGGCUACUACUUCAGUUACUUCGUUGUCCUGUCUCGCUGCGUUCUUGCCAUUGUCUGGCUCGGUGUGCAAACCACGACUGGAGGACAAUGUAUGACGGUCCUACUGACAGCCAUCUGGCCCAGCUUCAAGAACAUCCCCAACCACAUUCCUGAAGACCAAGGCAUCACGACAGCAGGCAUGAUUGGCUUUCUCCUAUACUUCUUGCUUCAACUUCCAUUUCUGUGCAUUCCUUACACAAAGGUUCAAUGGUUCUUCGCCUUCAAAAGUGUUAUUGCACCGAUCAUCUUCUUCGCGAUUUUCGGUGAUACAUUGCACAAGGCCGGCGGCACCAUCAGUAAUAGCACAGUCAUCACUGACGGCACCAAGUUGCAUGGGUCCGCUCUUGCAUGGGCUUUCUUUGCUAAUCUCAACGGAGUUUUGGGCAACUACGCAACCUUAGGCUUGAACAUCGCCGAUUUCUCGCGGUAUUCAAACAAAGUCAGCGCACAAAAUGUCCAAGCAAUCGUCAUUCCCUUCAUCUUCACGAUUGUGGGUCUGCUUGGUAUUUUCACUGCUGCAGCCGCUCAGACAGCAUACGGCGAGAUCAUCUGGAACCCGAUCGAAAUCAUCAACCUCUGGCAAGCAUCCGGGUCGUCUGGCGGUCGUGCCGCUGCUGCUUUCGGCGCCAUUGGCUUGAUCAUUGUCACCAUUGGUAUCAACAUCUCAGCCAACUCUAUCAGUGCAGCCAACGAUCUCAUGGCUUUCUGCCCCAAGUAUAUCAACAUUCGACGUGGUCAACUUCUUGCUGCGUUCAUUGGCAGCUGGGGUUUUGUCCCGUGGAAAAUUCUCGCAUCCGCCGCAAAGUUCCUUGCUUUCCUCGGUGGUUACACCAUUUUCUUGGGCCCCAUGACCGGCAUUCUCAUGUGCGACUACUUUAUUGUCCGACGUGGUAACGUGUCCGUCCCCGAUAUGUACGACUUCCACGGAAUUUAUCGCUAUUCGCCCAAAUUCGGCACCAACUGGCGUGCGGUUGUUGCUUUCUUCAUUGGCUGCGUCCCUCCUCUCCCAGGCUUCGUCAACAAUAUCGUCGUUGCGGGCCAUGGUAAAACCAGUGUCUCCAUUGGUGGUCAACGACUUUUCAACAUCGGAUAUCUCUACUCCUUCGUUGCCGCUGGCCUUUUCUACUGGGGCUUCAACCGCUUCUUCCCGCAUCUCGAGUCAAAGAUGGAUCAUGCCGAGACAGGCGAGGAUAUUAUUGCAGCCAACGACGCGAAGAACCUUGAGGAACGUCGCGCUAGCCGUGUUGAGCGCAGACCAAGUCUCGUUACCAGACUAUUCGAAGUUUAG